UGUGAUCUCCCUGGAAGAGUGAGACAGAAGCCAGCUCCACCUAGCCCAGAGCAUCUCCAUAAAAGAGGCUCCCAGACAGCUCUCUGAGCAGUUUGGGCUCUGCAUCCUCCAGCCAUGCACCUGCAUCUUUCUGUCUUACUGUUCUACCUGGUGAUCUCAUUGCCUGCAGGUAACUGCACGGUUGGGCACAGAGGUAUAGAAUUUCGAACAUGUACUUCAAUGCAAGGCCUUUGUUUCUUUGGUUGUAGGCCAGGAUGGGUAUGGGUAGCUUUCUGUAACAACAUAAUGUCCUGUUGUAAACAGGACACAUUAUUUCCACCUCCUCAAAGCGAAGUUUUCUGACCUAUG